UAGGGUUAAAACCCCCUUCUUCCACCUUUUGGAAUUUCGAGUCGAAACCCUAAUUUGUUUCACCCCUAAUUUGGAAGAGAUUAUCGUCCUCAUCCCGAUAUCAACCUCUUGUUUAUCCACAAAUUUCUGAUAUUUUUGCUCUCGAGGAGGUUUCUGGUAGAAUUUUCAAUUUGGUUGCGGAUCGGCGUCAGGUUUCGUUGUUUUAUGAACUGUUUAUUGUCAGUGAUCGAGUUGUAGUGACGGUGAUGCUAGCGGGUUUGCGGAGAUGGAGAAGGAACGAGUGAGGAAACGACCCCGUAUGACAUGGGACGAGGCACCAGCUGAACCUGAGGCGAAUAGGCCUCUGGACAAAGGGCAUGGAACUGUGGGGAGGUAUGUUUCUCCACCGAUAAGAGAGGAUGAUCAUAACGGCCAUUACAUUUACAGUUUGCGGGAGAAUCUUACUCCUAGAUAUAAAAUACUUAGCAAGAUGGGUGAAGGCACUUUUGGUCGGGUUUUGGAAUGUUGGGAUCGUCAAACAAAAGAAUACGUGGCUAUAAAGGUCGUUCGGAGCAUUAAAAAAUACCGGGAUGCAGCAAUGAUUGAAGUUGAUGUACUUCAAAAACUUGCUAAGAACGACAAAGGCCGCUCACGAUGUGUACAAAUAAAGGACUGGUUUGAUUAUCGAAAUCACAUUUGCAUCGUAUUCGAGAAGCUUGGGCCAAGUUUGUUUGACUUUCUAAAGAGAAAUAAAUACUCCCCCUUUCCUCUGGCCCUUGUUCGGGAUUUCGGGCGUCAGCUUUUGGAAUCUGUAGCAUAUAUGCAUGAUUUAAAGUUAAUUCACACUGAUCUCAAGCCUGAGAACAUUCUUCUAGUGUCUUCUGAAUAUGUGAAGCUUAUGGACCAUAAGAGGAGUGCUUCAGACGAGACACAUUUCAGGUGCUUGCCAAAGUCGAGUGCCAUUAAGUUGAUUGAUUUUGGUAGUACUGUGUGUGAUAACCGGAUUCAUGGCUCCAUUGUUCAAACAAGACAUUACAGAGCCCCUGAGGUCAUUCUAGGUGUAGGAUGGAGUUAUUCAUGUGAUUUAUGGAGUGUUGGUUGUAUCCUAUACGAACUAUGUACUGGUGAAGCGCUGUUUCAGACGCAUGACAGUCUCGAGCAUUUGGCAAUGAUGGAAAGGGUGUUAGGUCCGUUGCCCGAACAUAUGACCCGAAAAGCCAGCCGAGGUGCUGAGAAAUAUUUCAGGAGAGGGUAUAGACUAAAUUGGCCUGAAGGAGCCAACUCUAGGGAGAGUAUUAGGGCCGUGAAAAAGCUUGAUCGUCUCAAGGAUAUGGUGUCGAAACACGAAGAGAACUCGAGAUGUGGACUUGUAGAUGUAUUGUAUGGGCUCCUGAAGUAUGACCCAUCGGAGCGUCUUACCGCACGCCAAGCUCUCGACCAUCCUUUCUUCGAAAAUGCAAGCUGAAAAAAGCCAAGACCCGCAAGUUUGUGCGUUUGUAUUGUAUGUUGUGUCGAAAUAGCUUCGUGAAUGUAUGGGAACCGUGUUUUUUUGGCUGUCGGAAAAGUAGUGUUUUUCUUUGAAUGGGAAGGUCUUAUUAUCGCAUGAUCCUAGUUCCACAAA